AUGGUGGCGCGGCUCUGAGCGCCUCGCCCCCGUGGAGAAGGCCCUGGGGCGGCGGCGGCCUGUGCCCCGGCGGGCGGGGGCGCGGGAUGACCGGGGUGCUGGAGAGUCUGGUGCCGGACAUGCACGCCAGCCAGAUCUCCGCUGGCAGCUACCACCAGCACGGCGGCCUGCACAAGCCGCAGGAGUCCCCCACUCUGCCUGUCUCCACGGCCACCGACAGCAGCUACUACACCAACCAGCAGCACGGGGCGGCGGGCGGGUCGCCCUACGGCCCCGUGGGCUCCUACCCCUACGCGGGCGGCGGCGCCGCCCCCUAUUCUGCCAAGGCCGCCUACGACGUGGGCUACGCGGGCGCCUACGGCUCCUACGGGCCCUACGGCAGCAGGGCCUCUCCGGCCAACAACGACUCUGCAGAGAAGGAAGACUGCGAGCCGGAGAUCAGGAUCGUGAACGGGAAACCCAAGAAAGUGCGGAAGCCCCGAACCAUCUACUCCAGCUUCCAGCUGGCCGCUCUGCAGCGGCGCUUCCAGAAAACCCAGUACCUCGCCCUGCCCGAGAGAGCGGAGCUGGCGGCCUCCCUCGGCCUCACACAGACGCAGGUGAAGAUCUGGUUUCAGAACCGCCGCUCCAAGUUCAAGAAGAUGUGGAAGAGCGGAGAGAUCCCAGCGGAGCCACCUCCCCGCCGCAGUGCUUCGCCGCCGUCCCCCUCCUCGCCCCCCGCCUGGGACUUUGCUCCGCACCCGCGCACGGCGGGCGGCGCCGGCACCGCCAGUCCCAGCCCCGCCGCCGCCUUCCUCGGUAACUACUCGUGGUACCCGCCGGCGCCCGGCGGCCCGGCGCAUCUGCCAGCGGCCGCUCCCCUCCCGCAGCCGGCGCAGCCCCCGCACCACCACGGCGGCGGUAGCAUCUUCUAGGCGCUGCAGAGACUUGAGCCCGCGGGUCGCGUCCGGCAGCCGCGGGGCACAGAGGUGCCGCCACUGGUGUUUUGGUGAAACCUGGCUCCGGCCGUUCCGGCGGAGAGGAACCGCUCCGUUCCCCGUCCCGCCCCGUUGCCGCCAGCGGCGGACCCCGUGUGCGUUCAGCCCCGUGGGUCCGCCCUCCCGCCGCCAAAACAACCACACUGCGGAAUAAGUACCCACGUCCUUCCCUUCGUCCUUCUUCGUCCUCUCCCCCGGCAUUUCAUCAAUCUACCGGUGCAGAACUCUGGUUAACUUUAUUUUUUAUUUUUUUAAAAUUGAUAGGUGCCUUUGCGGAUAACCUCACCCCGAUGUUGGGGAUUAAAAAAUAAAACGAUAAAAAAAAGAUAAAUAAUUUUUAUAUGUAGAUUUGAAACAAAAGCCCCCAGUGUUUAAGGUAUCCUUUUUAGCCGUGAACGAAAUCGUCCGGCGGGGGUGGGGACUGGUCUCAGAUGGCGGUGCCGGCGCGGCUCCCGCCCGUGCGCUGCCUCCGGGCGGGUUUCGUGCCCCGACGGGGCUUCCCCGGGUCGGGCGCCGAGCCGCGGCGAGCCCUCGCCUCCACCGCCCCGCCGGCAACCUUGCCACUAACCCUUCCCUUGCGCCGUUUGAUGUCUAGGAUCGUGGGGG